AAUUAGUGAUUGUUGUUUUGUGCGCUUGUGGCGUUGUUUUAUUAUUGUGCUUGUUGCCGUAGUCGGAGUUUAUUCUUCUACGGUUUAUCCAUGACAAUAAUUUUAAUAACCGUGUAUUUUUAGUCUAGUAACUGCGAUUAAAAACUGUUUAUUAAGUUCAUUUACAAUCCGUCUUUUGUCAUUACAUGUUAUACGUUGGAACUUGUUUUCUACUGAUUUUGACAUUUUAACUUGUUUUACGCUUUGGACACAUCCAUAUUCAGCAUAAUGGAAUUAUUACAUUUGGCACCAGAGACAGUCAAUUUUCAUUGUCCAUAUAAUGCGUCACAUACAAUGCCACAAAAGACAUUAACUAAGCAUUUAACAAAGUGCCCAGACAAACCAGCCCAUUUUAAACAUUGUAUUUACAAUUUAUCACAUGUAAUGCCUGAAUCAGAGUUGAAGGAUCAUGAAGAAAAUUGCCCAAAUAGAAUAUUAAUUGAUGUGGUUGUUUAUCAAUCAGAAGAUAUGGUACGCCCAAAUUCUAAUGUAGAAAAUGCACCAUCAAUUAAGUAUGAUGAAUCUUGGGAUGGCUUGGAACAAACCUCUGAAAUUCUGCAAACUAUCAAAACAAAAACAGCAUCAAUGAAAGCAACUCAUGGCAUUACAAAAUCAGAACGUAAACAACAUCGCAUCAAUUUACAUGAAAAUGAUAUUCAUAACGUCAACAAUAAAGGCUUACAAGAUCAGAAGAAACAGCAGAAUAAGAAAAAGGAAGCUACUCCGUUGUUCAUUGGAAAAAGACCCAAUACAUAAAUAUUAUAAGUUGUAAUACACUAGAAGUUUCCAUUUAUUUGACUUAACUAAGAUUUUAUAUAACAGCAUUUAUGGUAUAUUAUUUUUAUUUUUACUU